AGCGGGAGGCUCAGGUACGCCGAUCCUCGUAGCCUUCCAAGUUUCCCAUCUUCCGGUCUGAGCCCGGGUGGCGCAGCUGCCAGUGCAGCAGCAUCUCUUGGCUGGUUUAGCCACAAGCCGAUGGAGACGUGGAAGCCAGAUAAAACGUCAUCAGCCUCCGCCGCUGCGGUUCUCGCCAAAGACUACAAGAUAUUGCCCGCUUGGGAGCCCGUCAUGGAUGGAACCGGCGCCAAAGCUGCGGUGCUAGCAGUUGGGUCUGCCAGCACCGCGUACAGACAGACGAGCAUCAAGAAACCCCCCGAAGGUUCAUGGGGCAACUCAGCUGCGGCGUCGGCCUUCACCACGAGUGCGAACCGACCAGUCUCCCCAGAGCCAGCGAUACUAACCACAACCCAUGGGAGCUCUGCCGCAACACAAGCGGAGAAGCCUCUGGCGGCUGCCAAGGGAGCCAUGUCGCCCUCCAGGCUCGGAAGCCCUCGUUCAAGGACACGGUCAUAUUCUACCCCUCCGGAGCCGUAUUAUGCAGAUGCCAAGAGGGCUUCUGUGAGUGCCUUGAAUGGGGCAUCUAUAGCCCACCAAGCUGCGAUGAAUAAGCCGCCAGAAAUCGAAGACACAGGUGCUAUUCCAAUUACUACCAUGACCCGGAACAUGUUUACAUCCCAUCCACCUGUAAAGCCCGAGGUUGACGAGCAAACAACCAAUGAAAGAAUCCAUCAGUCGGCAGUGGAGAUGGCUAAGAAGAUGUAUCAGCAGCAGCAGCUGAAUCGAAUCGAAGACUCUCUAGACGAGAAUGCAGGCGACACUGCCAACACAACUGCGAAUCGCUUUGUCAACUUACAGGAUGCCGCAUAUAGGCAAGCACAAGAACGCCUGGCCAAGCUUCAAGAUGAGCAUGAAAGGAAUCGACGAUACCAAGAAUACUAUUCCUCAGAAAAGCCUGUGCGCCGCCGUUUUACCAUAAUGGACAGACUACGACGUCGGUCUGCUAGUGAAAGUGAUGUGGAGGACCGCGCACGCUCCGACUUGGUUCACCAGCAAAUGUCUUUAUUCACUUCCAGGCUCGAUCAAGUCGAUGAAGAGAAGCGGGAAAGAGAUCGAGAAGCUCUCUUGAUCGCUGCGCGACGCAAUGUCAAGGCAAGCCUACAAGGGAUGGAUGAGCAGCACUACUUUGAGACUGGAAAGGUCAACCCGACAAUAUUAGGCGACUGGCAAAUCAGAGCUCAGCAGGCGGCCCAGCUCCGACAUGAUACGCGGGCGGGAGACAACAAUGACAGAGUAGAUAUUGGAGGCGGCAUGUUCAUGGACGCUGAUGAGAUCGACGCCAUCGCUGCUAGGAGAGUACGUCCCGUGCUGGAUGACAUCCAUGAAAAGGCAGAGGCAGAACGGGAGCGGCUAGCCUCGAUUAAAUUGGAAGAGGAAGCACGGAAAGCAGAGGCAGAAAGGGAAAAAGACCGCGAGCGCGAACUAAAGGAAAUUCAAAAGAGGGCCAGAGAGGAGGAUAAACAACAGGAGAAAGCGAGACGGCAGCAAGAGAAGUUGGAAGAAAAGCAAAGGAAAGAAGAGGAGAAAGCGGCCAAGGCUGAGCAGAAAAGGCUAGCCAAGGAGGAAAAGAAGAAGCCAAAGCCACAGCUUGCUGUUACCGAGCCUCAAACUCAAGAAGGCCAUUCUGAAGCCCAGGAAAGCCCUGCUGCCGCUACCACUGCCGCUCCUCCACCUCCUCCUACGACCACGACGACUGUCACCGCUGAUGUUACUGCUCCUACUACUGUUGCCACUGAUAACGCCGAAAUCUCACAAAGAAAGUCGUCAUCCGAGGCACCUACGUCGCCGACAGCGCGAGUCAAAGGCUGGAUCAAGAAUCGCUUCUCGCGAGGCAAGUCUAUGAGCGAGCACGGCGAAAAGAAAAAGAGCUUCAUUGGCGGCGCUGCGCUUAGGGACUCAACGGCUGGUGGCAGUACGGCCAGCUUAGAGAACCGCACAUCCAGCAUCCGUGAUGUCACCCUUGCUGGGAGAACCGGCGAUGAGACACCUACUGCGCCCGAGACUGCGCCCGAGACUGUAGCCAGAGACUCUCGUGGCGUAAGCCCAGUUAGUGUAGGUAGUAGGAGGAGUAGUGGUGGAAAGGGCAGUGGGAGGAGUAAUGACAUGGACAGGUUUGAGACGCCAGCGGCCAUAGCGGACCCGGCGUCGCGCCAAAGCAACAGUCCUGCGCGAGAUUCUCGCUUCAGAGAAAUGAUGGAUCAUUAA